AUGGCAGCUUCUAGUAUUCGUUAUUUGGCUUUGGCAGCCUUGUUUUUGGCUGGAGUACUUCUGGUCUCCAACCAUCAGGUCUCAGCACAGGAUUGCCUAAGUGAUGUGCACAACCUAGAGAUACAAUGUAAGCAAUUCGUUCUGAAGGCUGGCCCAAAGCUUCCCCCAUCUCAAGGGUGUUGUGCUGUUGUGAAGAAGGCUGACAUUCCAUGUGCCUGCAAGUAUAUUACUAAGGAAGUAGAGCAGUCCAUUAGUGUGGACAAGGUGGUCUAUGUUGCUCAGUCCUGUGGCAAGGAAUUGCCCCAUGGAAUGAAAUGUGGAUGUAAGACUUCAUCUCUUUAA